AUGCAUGAAGAUCUGAUGGAACAAAAGUUCGUCGGAUCAGCUGAAUUCAAUCUCGCUGAAGCGGUGUAUGCCAGAUCCCAUACCAAGAAUCACGGCUGGCUGAAGAGGAAGCUGGAGAAUAUCAAGAGGAGAUGGGGAGGGAAGCCUCGAGACCCGCCCAUUGGGAAGCUCUUCAUCUACGCGGAAGAAUCGGUGAACGCCAAAGAGUUGAGCUUCUCGGUGAGUGGGCAGGAUCUGAAGCCCACGGAUUUCUGGAAGCGGAAGUGUGAUCCCUAUUUCGUGGUGAAUCGAAUCCAGGCCGUCUACGAGUCUGGCGAGAUCGUACUGCAACCGAUCUUCCGGAGCGAGGUGGCGCGGAAGAGCUCCGAGCCCAGCUUCGAGGAAGCUAGCUUCACAGUUGCGCAGACCAGUGGCUGCGAUACUGGCCAAGACAUUAUCAUCACAGAGCUCUUCGCAUGGGAGAAGUUCAUCACAUGGAAGAAGCUCCUCACAUGGGAGGAGCACCUCCCAGAUCUCUGGACACUCUGGCUGAACGGAGGACAUUCCAGCAAGAGUCAGACCUCUGGAGCAAGAGAGUCGGUGACCUCUUCGGGCUCCAAGAGUAAAGGCAUUUUCGGGCCCUUGGCCGGGCAGCUGACCUUGGAUGGCCAUCGCUUCAAGCGACAUUUGGCAGCAGAUGCAGCUGUUGGACACUACACCUUCCUGGACUAUUUGCGUGGCGGGCUGGAACUUCAGCUCAUGGUGGCCGUCGAUUUGACGCGCUCCAAUCUGGGACAGACGAAUCCCAAAUCCAUCUGUGACUGCAACGACCAGGAAGUGAUGUCGGUUUAUGACAACGACAACUGCUAUCCAAUCUAUGGCUUCGGUGCCAAGAUCCCCCCGACCCAUUCGGUGGUCUCCAACUGCUUUGCCUUGACCGGGGAUUUUUUCCAACCAGAGGUGGAAGGUGUCGAAGGGAUGCUGAAAGCCUAUCACAGGGCCUUGCGGGUCUGCCACCUCCAUGGGCCGUCUUAUCUCGCAGAUCCUUGGCCAAAACUGAUCCCGGCAGGAUGUGGUGAAGUUGGCAGCCGACAUGAGCAGGCGGAGCACACCUUGCGAGCGAGUUCUGCGCUGGCGAACUUGGAGGAUCCUGUUUCCGUCCCCCGGAACAAGUGCACGAGAGUCACGAGAGCGCAAGGCUAUGCAGGCCUCGCCAUCUCAUCUCAGACCUUGCUUUUGCGCUACGAUCAGGAGCAACAGCGGCUGGUUACCAAGCAAUUGGAUCCUGCAUGUGGUAGCCACAUGACCUAUGUCCUCAUAUCAAAGCGCAUUCUGGAAGUGAUUCUGCUGAAUCAUUUGUGUGGAAAUUUGAUGCAACAGGCCGAGGAGGAUUUGGAAUAUUACAGAACUGCAGACCUGCAGCUGAUGAAAGACCCAAGUGGUGAUGCAGGUGUGGUGCACGGACUCUUCCAAUGUUGGUUCCGCUUUUGCCUCCGGAGAGGGUACAACCGUCGUUGGCUGAGCUCCUUUUUCCCGGACUACAUCUUCUUGUUUUGCGUCGUGGGCCCAUGCUGCAUUCUCUACAGCAUCAUGCUUUGGUACAGAAAGAUGGAUGCGCAUGCUGUUGCGCAUCACGCCUACAUCGACAAGACCGAUCCUGGGUCUGGAUUCUUGAUUUCACUGGAUACAUGCCUGUUUGUAUACACCAGUGUGUUGGUCAUGGGCUUUCUCUUCACCACCUUGGAAAAACACGUGGUGGCUAACCCGUUGCGUGCCUUGGAAUUCCGCGCGGCCCUGGCCUUGUUUUUGGUCCUUUGGGCAAUGAACUUCCUCACCAUUUUAGAGGAUCGCUACGUCUAUUCUUCAGCUUGGGGCUUCAAUCUUUCCCGUAGAGAGCGGAACGUGACCCCAUACUUCCGCAUACUGGCAGCUCUUGCACAAGUCUUUGUGACACACUCUGCCGUGAUGCUGGGCGCGGUGCUUUUGGGCCAUAGUGGGCAUGUGCGACGGAUGCCAGAUAUCCCUUGUAAGGUCUUUUGCUGGAGAGUUCUUCCGAGUUUGGUGCUGUUUGCUGCCAUCAUCGCCUUUAACUUGGCCUUUCGUUCCAACCACGACCGCAGCGAAUGCUUGAAGCCAAUCUUUCGUGUGAUCAACGUGGUAUGGCCGUGGUUUGCAGCCUUGAUGCCUCCCUUGGGCGGAGUUCUCUUGCUCCUAGAUAUCUUCCUGGAACGGGCUUUCUUCGAGGAGAAGGAGUUUGACAUUGAACUGGAUUAUGAUUCAAUCCUGAUGUCGGUCACAGUGUCGCUGGCUUUGAUCGGGAAUGUGAAUGGGAUCCUUGAGAUGGAAGCAGCUCGCCUUUGGAUCAGUGUUUUCUUUCGGUCGAUUGGACUCUUCGUGCCGUUGGGAUUGGUGACCUUCACCUUCUACUGCUGGAAGCGGCCUCCUGUUAGCCCAUCCAGCUUUAGGAACAGGUGCAGUGUGUGGUUUGCCUUUGUGCUUGCUGGAACCAUGUUUGUGAUUUUCCAGAUCAUGGAAGAUUGUGAAAUCGCAUCAGAUCUUCCAGGAUGUUGCACCUAUCCCUCUGUGGAUGAAGUCUUUAACCAGCGCGAGUACACCAAUCUCAUUUGCGACAAAGCUGUUCGUUGUUUGUGGGCAGACGAUCGCGUGAAUUAUUGCUACCUGGGACGCUUGAACGAGCAUCACUUAAGUUCCGUGGCCGCAAACGUCUCCAUCCUCAAGCAGGAGGCGACUUUUGAUGCCGCCCUUUGCGACGAAUUGGAGGUCCGAUGGCGACAGUACGCUCAUACCAACAGCACCAAAUCUGCGCACGAGGAGUCUGAGCACGAGGAACAGCACCACUCAGCUGCCUAUCGGCUCUUCCGGAACAUUGGUCAGGCUGCGAGUGUGGAGAUGUAUUUCACCGUUCUCGGCGUGCUGCUGAAAGUUAUCUUCUUGACACAACACCCCUGCGCGGCAGAGAUUCUUCGGCUCGACACCUUGCAUCACAGUGAGGAGAAGCAUCACUGCGGCGAGUCAAGUCACCAGGCUGUGGCAAGGAAUGUGAUGCCGGAUGACACUGCACACAACGUCCCGUUAGUCGAGAAUGGGCUCGAAAUGGAGCCACAAGAGAGUUGA